GAAAGCCGUCAAAUCACGCAACUCUUUGCACCAUGACCGCUCUUUUCUAUUAUUCCAUUAUAAAUAAUAAUAAUAAUAAUACAUUAAGUAAUGUAAAGUUAAUGUUGGGGAAUUUAAAUUGAAUCUCGAGAGAUAUCUACAUUCGCUAAAAUAUUAUAUAGAAUUGCAAACAAAAUAAUGGAGAAAAAUGUGAUGUGAUGGGCGCAAUUUGCUACAGCAAUAAUCAUUAACAGGAUAAUAUUGUAAAGGCUGAUCGUUUGUCUCUCUCAAAAAUUGAAAGCAUGCGCGAGACACGUAUUUUACUGAAUACGAGGUAACGUCGAUUCAUGAAAAAAGGGACAGAUGUUAGUCGUUAGACAACAUUCGACAUGGAAACUUCAAAAUAUAAUGGAUAUCGAGGUAGAUUUUGAAUGGGCGGUGAAACUGAAUCGUUUCAUUUUAAACUUGAUUGGGCUCUGGCCUAAAACUGAACAAAAUUUUCAACAGAGGUUAAUGUGCAAUUUUCGAGUGCUCGUCGUUUUUUUAGGUAUCAUACUGGUCCUUCUUAUUCCUUCUAUACAUUCCUUAACAAGAAUUUUCGGAGAUAUUGUAUUAAUGUUAGAUAAUUUACAAUUUACUUUACCGUCCAUAAGUUGCUUGAUUAGGAUCGUUAUUUUCUGGUGGAAGAAAAAAGCUAUCCAAUCGAUCAUGAAUAUGAUCGUGGAGGAUUGGGUAAAAUUGAAAAGUGUACAAGAAAGAAGCGUAAUGAUCAAAAGGGCACGUAUUGCACGAAUAAUUAUUACAUUUGCAUACUGCAUGAUGGGAGCAGGAUGCUUUUUUCUUAUCGUUGUACCAAGCUUUGGAAUAUCGAUGAGAAACACAAACAACAUUACUGAUCCAGGCAGACCAAUGCCUCUACAAACUCAUUAUGUUUACGAUUUCUCCAUAUAUGUGGCCAGUUAGAUAUUCUAAAGAAUCGUUUAACAAAUUUAAACAAACAUAUGAAUUCUCACGAAAUACUAAAGAGUUGUAUUACAAGACAC